AUGUCCGUUGUGAAGAACGUGAGUAAAAAAAGAAAGGUACCAAAAAAGGGAGAGCGUCCGCCCGUGGUGACCAACGAGAUAACCCAACGGUUAAACGAGUUUAUCGUGAACGAGAUGAAGGGGACGGACGUGAAACUCGUGAUUCAGAAGAAGUUGUACAAAUCAGAUACACUCAAAACUCAAAACAGGUUAAACAUGCCGUUUAACCAACUGGAGAAGAAUAAGUUCUUGACGGAGGAUGAAAGACAGAUCGUUGUGUCGGAUGUUCCCAAAGAGAACAACAUUGAGGUUUCAUUGUUGGGGCCAACGUUGGAGAUGUACAAGUUGAAGAUGGAACUAACAAUGUGGCCUAUGAUUAGUACCUACAACUACGUGUUGAAGACAAACUGGUACCAAUUUUGA